UUGAGGGACAAACAGUAUCAAUGCUAUGGAUCAACGAUGUGGGUCACGAGUGGCACAGCAUAUGCCUGGUGGAUGACUUGGGACGGUCGCCAGGCUGACUACUGGGGAGGUGCCAGUCCUGGGAGUGGGAAAUGUGCAUGUGGUGAAACAGGCGCAUGCUCUGGUAGGUGUUACUGCGACAUCAAUGAUAACAUAUGGCGUGUGGAUUCUGGGUACCUGACCCACAAGAAUGACCUGCCGGUCACCCAGCUCAGGUUUGGGGAUACUGGGAGUGGUCACGAACAAGGCUACCACACCCUGGGGAAACUUAUCUGCUAUCCCUGA